AUGCUCUCAGAUGGUCGCCCCGACUCACUAGUCUCGCCAACAGAGACUCGUACUCUUGAUUUGGGUGGAAACUCGCCCACACUCCCUGCUGCUGAAGGACCUCAGCCAGAAUGGAUAAAACGGCGGAUACAUAGAUGGAAGUCUCCUCUUUUAAUGGUGGUCUUCUAUAUCAUUGGUUUGGCGAUGAGUCUUGCGCACUGCAUAUUCUAUCCUAAGCUCAAGGGCGUCAUUGUUGGUAAUCCUGAUAGUCAAGAGGGCAAGAUACGGCAGGUUCCCCGAGCCUUCGCCUUUCUUAGUCAGAUAUGCCUCUCUACUAGCGUAUGGAUAAGCUAUACGCAGUGGUUAUGGCGAACAGUGAACAAGACCGAGAUGACGGUUGGAGGCCUCAACGCUGCCUUCGGGGCAGACACCUCUGUGUUGUCACUGCUCAACCUCGAGAUGCUUCAAGAGCUGCGGGUAGGUUCGGCAAUGGCUCUAUUUGCCUGGGGCCUGCUGCUUCCUCCUUUCUUCACUCCCGCAACUCUAUUCGUGUACCCCAGCACCAAGAUUUCUGAGGUCGAGCAAUUGAUGCCAUAUCCGGCUAUUGCAGAUAGCAGCGCUGGCCACAGGUUUGCGUACUCUCCUCCGAUCCUACGCGGAACUACCCAGCACUUCGACGAUGUGAGCAGAAAGUACACCGGACCGCGUACUAUUGUCAGUCUCAUAUCAACCGCUACCGCAUCGCUUGGUGAAAUAUUGUCGGUGAGCUCCUUCUACAAUAGUUCGACGUAUUCAGUCGACUUCUUUGCGCCAAUCGUGAGAUGUCGGGAGGCCGACCCGUCUGAGGCAACUCAGAUAGACGGCUUCCUCAAAAAGGAAAUGGCCAUCCAGCUCGGGACGAAUAACGAAACGGAUAGUGCAUAUUACAGCUUCGUACCUACAUGGUCUGCAUCUGGUGAACUCACGGCCGUCUCUCAACCGCGGCUGCAAACGCCCUCUAAUGCUACAAACCAGCUCUGGAUGACAUUUCUAAGAUUCAAGCAACGUCAUUAUCAAGUCUGCCAACUGCAUAACGCGACAUAUCAUCUCAAUAUCACCCGCGAUCAUGGAUAUCAAAAUAUUUCUGGUUCAUACGAUGUCCACGAAAAAGUCGCUUAUCCCAAUGACAAGCCCGGCGAUAUUUCCAACAUGGCAGAACAUGCUUAUACAGCUUUCAUGUGGGUGCUCUCCGACCAACUCGUUGGCAAAUUCUCCUGGUACGAAAACUCCAGCUCUAAUCAAUCCACCACAUCCCCUGCAAACUUGUCUACAGCCUCACAAUUUGGCCUCAUUGACUCACCAAUAUCGCGGACGAGUUUACUCGGGAGUGUAGACCUCGAUGCAUUUUUUGAGUUUGAUGAGGAGAGGGGAUUGUAUGCGACAAAGAAUGAGACGUUGGGGGAUCAGAGGUUGCAGGAUAAAGCGUUUGCGAGGAAUCGGACGUUGGAUGUGUUGAUUGAGGAGUUAAGUUUUAAUAUGACGGUUAGUUUGAUGCAUAAUGAUUUGCUAACCCAUAAAACCCUCACCACCGUCUUGGUUCGCACCCCCGUAAACUGCUACGCCUACAAAACCUACGGCCUCUUCAUACCCUAUGCUCUCGCGAACCUCUUCACUUUCCUCGUCGUCGCUAUGGGUUUAUACUCCUACAUCCACGAUGGUGUGCGCCCGGAUAAGAAAUUUCAGGAUAUUGUGGUUGCGGCUGAAGAUCCGGAAUUUGUGCAGGUUGUUAGAAGUCGGAAAAGGAGUGUUACAGCGGUUAUGGUGGGCGAGAGGAUUAUUUGGAGGGCGGGGACGAUGGAUUUAGGUAGGGGUUUGGGAAGGGGGCAAGUGAGGAAGGUGUUUUGGUGGAGGGGUGGAGAGGGGAAGAGGAAGAGGAAGAGGAGGGAAAGGGUAAGAGGUCGGAGUGGAGGGUGA